GCAGAGCUUAGCCUAACGUGGACGCCGCAUCCUACCAAUGCGGUCGCGAGACCACAUCCCCCGGCGCCGGCGGCUCUGCCUCUGCAGUCUGCGCUGCAACCCAAUCCACCACCCAGGACGCAAGAGCGGCUAAAGACGAGCCCAAAACCACCACUAUUCUUGAGGAUAUCAUAUUCCUCUGCGUCCCGAGCUGCUCCCCGCGGCUCCAGAUCAUCACCAUCAUUGCGAUUUAUUCCCGCACUUUGCUUCUGGAGGCAGGAACCGCCGCCGACCCAACCACCUCUCGCGGCGUCCAGUUCACUGGUUCUUGAGUAGCAGGAGCACUUCUAGGCGCAACGAUCGAAUCUUUUCGCUGCUCCUGGUUCUCGCGGAGCUCUCUGAUCGGAGCCAUGAGCAGCACUCUGCUUCGGGUCUGCCCCUCCGAGCUCAAGAUCCCCUACGAGGUCAAGAGGCAGCGAUCGUGCUGCAUGCAGCUCAUCAACAAGACCGACAAGUACGUGGCGUUCAAGGUGAAGACGACGAACCCGAGGAAGUACUCGGUGCGCCACACCUGCGGCAUUCUGCUGCCCCGGAGCUCCUGCAGCGUCACAGUUACGAUGCAGGCUCCCAGGGACAUGCAGCUGGAUCACCAUUGCAAGGACAAAUUCCUGGUGCAGAGCGCCGUGGCGCGGGACGGGGCCACCAUGAGAGAUCUCGUCCCUGAACUGUUCACCAGGGCGCCGGGUAGGUUGAUCGAGGAGUUCAAGCUGCGGGUGGUUUACAUUGCUGCUAAUCCCCCCUCACCGGUACCCGAGGAGGCAGAGGAGGAGGAUGCAUCUCCUCGGUCAGAGGCGAUGAUGGGCUAUGAGGCGAAAGUAUCAUCAGCGUUCGGUGCUGCAUCUAGAUGCGUAGAUAAUUCCGGAGCUAAACUUUCAUGUACCAAGGGUGCCUCUGUAGUAUCGACGCUUGUUGGAGAAAAAGUAUAUACAAGAGAAGAAAAUCAGAAAAAACUUCAGCAAAAUAUGGCGUUUCCAAUCAGGGAUUGUCGACGUGGCAGAUCAACUCCCGGGAUUGUUGGCUACACACGUGAUUGGGCCGGCCCAUCAGGCAUGAAGGGAGAUUUUGUUUUCUUUUUUUCAUUUUACUUUUCCGUAAGUGCGACGUAAAAAUAACCAAAAGUAAGAUAGCGGGCGGAGUCGAACUUGUGCCUUGGCCUAUCAAUAUCCACUUGUUAGCCAUCAGAGUAGAUUACUAUUAGUGCAACAAGUUGAAGCGCGAACAUAAUUAAUCAGACACCAGCGUCGAGAUUUAGAAACAUUUUUUGGGAGCAAACAAAUUUUGAAAACGUAUUUUUUUCCGAAAUCCCCAAGCUAUUCUAAGGUGCGAAUACUUUUUAAAUUCCGAAUACUUUUGAAAAAAGGAACAAUUUUUUUGAAAACACAAUCAGUGUUUACAAAGGGAAUACUCUUCGAAACAUAAAAAUAACAAUAAAAAGGGAACAAUUCUUGAAUCCGGAAAACAAAAUAUGCACAAACUUUCAGAAAAAUGUUUACUAUAAUUUGUUCAGAAAUUAAAAAAUGUUAAAGCAUUUCAUAAAUUGUUGAAUAGUUAAAAAAAAUGUCCAUGUUUUCUAAUUUUGUCACAAACUAAAAACUGUUUGGUGUUUAACAGAAAUUGUUUGGAGUUCUCAAGUUCUGUGUAAAUUUUUGAACUGUUCGUGAUUUUAAAAAUUAUUUACAUUUAUCAAAAGAUGUUCGGAAUUGUGUCACAUUUUCCUUACAGAUGUUUUUGGAAUUUCAUAAAUUAUUUGCGUUAAAAAUGAGCAUUUCGAAAUUGUUCAAAAAAAUUCAUGAAAUGUUUGAUUUUCUAACAUGUUUAGAUAUAUGUUCGCUCCUGUCUGUCCUUAUAAAUGUGACUACCUAGCGUCAUGUGCAGCCUUCAGGGCCAGUGGCUAGCUGGGGUUGCUCUCUGAAUGCGAGAACUAGAGGUGGAGUCCUGUGAAUACGUUGUAUAGCGUAUUUUUCUUUUGUCGCCUAGUAAUUUUUCGCCGCUCCUUAUAAAAGACAACUGGCUUUGUGUAGUUAUAUAAGAAAAAAGUUCAUUGUUAUUACAAAUGUACUAAAAAUUUAUUAUCAUUAUGAAAAUAAAUAACAAAAAAAUGGAAAAGAAAAAAACAUAGCAGCACGAGUGAUUACGCUAAUGGGCCAGCCCGAUUCAUCUUAAUGUCCUGCCAGCCGGUCAACGCCCAGAAUUUGACUUGCCACGUCAGCGAAUACCAUCUAAACUGGCUCAAGGUUUAAAAUAGACCGGGAUUAGAAAGUUUGGUGUGCUGAUUUCCGAGAUUGCAAGUUCAGGGUUUGAUUUAGCUUUCGUCUAUAAGUUUAAGGUUUAUUUUGAACUUUUUCCUUUCUAAAUUAUUGCCUAUGUAGGUAUGUAUUUUAUUUACUGUCAGAUAUCUGAUCAUUUCGUCUUGGCCUUAUUUCAGGAACUGCUUAGGGAAGCAGGAUCACCUCAACAGGGUUUCUCCGUAAUGUUUGUGCUGUUAGUCUUCAUGUCAUCUGUCUUCAUCGGACACUUGAUGAAGCACAUAAAGGUUUAGUCACAUAAUAAGUACGGUACCACAAUACAGGCACUAGGACUAGAAACGGAUCCAGUUCUUGUCAAUUUUACAUAGGAAGAACAUGCAUCAAGUUCAUGUAUAUAUGGUUCAUCAGUUGCA